AUGGGCGUCGCCCCAAGAGGGUCUCCCAGGGGCGGCGCCCUCAGGGGCCUUCCCAAAGGCGGCUCCCCCAGCAUCCUCCCAGUGGUGGCACCCCCAGGGGCCCUACCAGUGUUCACACCCAAGAAUCCUCCCAGGGGAGGCGCCCCCAGAGGCCCGCCCAGAACCAGCGUCCCAGGGGCGGCGCCCGCAGACGUCAUACCGGGGGCCUUCCCAGCGGCGGCGCCCUCAGGGGCCCUAAAGAAGCGGCACCCCAGGGAAAAUAUCAGGGGGCCUCCGAGAGACAGGAUAUCAGGGACCCUACCAGGGGGGUGGCACUCCUAG